CGCUUACCCAUACAUACCAAUUUAUCUUCAUGCGGGGUCUCUCCCUUUCUCCUCCUCCUCCUCCAAGUACUCACCCCCUCUUAAUCUUGCCCUACCAAUCAAUCCUUUACACCAACCCAUGAACCAACAAUGACCAUACCAACCACCUACAUCCUCAUCAUCUCCGGCACGCACGUCACCGGCAAAGACACCAUUGCGACCUCCCUCGCACACACCUACCACUGCCCCUUCCUGGAAGGCGAAUACUCCUACUGCGCGGCCUGGUCCAUCGCCCGCGCACGCGCAAAACACGGCUACGAUACGCUCUCGGUGUUUGGGCAGACCUGGUUACGGAAGAUGAGGCGUGUGGGAUUGCAUACCCCCUCUCGUUCAUCAUCAUCAUCAUCAUCAUCACCUCCUCGUUCGCCAUCAUAUUCACCACCAUUAUCACCGUUGUCGGAAGCAUCAACUAGCACCAACCUACAUCCAGAAAAAGAAGAAAGAGGAGGAAGAAUCAGCGCCAUAAUAUCCUCCCCCGCCAUGCGGCAACCCCACCGGGAAGCCAUCCGCGCCGUGAUGGAGACGUAUGCGGUGGGGGUAAUCUUCGUGGUAUUGCAGAUUGAGCGGGAGACGUUGAUGGGGCGGACGGUCGGGGCGGAGAAUGUGGAUUUGGAGAGGAGGAUUUUGGAGGAAAAGACAGAGGAUAUACGACUUCCGGGGGUGGAGGAGGUGGGGGUUGGGCCGGGUGGGGGGACGAUUGUGGUGGAUGCGUUGUUGGAUGUGGAUUCGGUUUGUUGGGUUGUGAGGGGGGGGGUGGCGGGGGUUGUUUCUUAG